AUGCGACCACCACGCCUUCUUCUCGUCCUAUUCUUCUUAAUAUUCUGCCCCAUUUUCCUCACCAUCUUCUCCGCCUUCUCGUCACCGCGUAUCUCGACCUCAGAAACGCCCGCUGGUCGGACGACUGGACUGCAUGCUUUGUUUUCCUUUAACAUUCCAUCCUCGCUCUUCCCGCCAUCUGCGGUCAUCAGUCUGACCGAUGAUAAUUCAACCUUUUUCCUGGCCCGCCCUGCGGCAUUUGGCCCGCUGUUGCCUGGCAAAGGCCUCAGUGGCAAACUCUGGGUCGGCAGCGGGUUUGGCGAAGGGAGUCUGAUGACGGGAACAGGAGGCGAGCUGGGCUGCUCAGAUAUACCUGGAUGGGGGGAGAACAAUCGAGCCAAAAUUUACGACACUGCAGGCAAGAUCGUCACGCAGAAGGCCCGGAAUUCUAUCGGAGGAGUGUCCGGCGAGAAUACGAUUCUACAAAGCCGAGCAUACCUUGCCCCGCCAGCGGGCUCGGCUGGCCAGAUCGAGCGACGCGAGUCUGUGGCUUCCCAAACCCCGAACGACGGAACAGACGAUCAUUUGCAUAUCCCCUUAGCGGAUCCUGCUGAUUCGGAAGAAAGGCAAGCUCCGACAUAUCCAGAUUCACUCUCAGUCAAGAAAUCCUCUCAUGCCGACAUUCAAUCCCUGCAGGAGACUGCGGAGAUUGAGGGCAACAUUGUCCUUCUCAGUCGAGGUGGCUGUGGAUUUCUGGAGAAAGUGAUGUGGGCGCAACGUCGCGGCGCUAUUGCCGUGAUUGUUGGCGAUGAUACCCGAGGAGGCAACCUGGUGACGAUGUACGCGCGUGGCGAUACAUCGAAUGCCACGAUUCCUGCUAUUUUCACGUCUUAUACUACUGCGCAUCUCCUCUCUUCACUCAUCCCAUCACAUUCCGGCUCGGUCACUAACCCGGGCUCGAAGCCUUCACAUGCAAAAUCUGCCGGUCAGACGACUAUGGGCAUUCCCGCGGUAGCAGAGCCUACAAGCAGUUUGGCACCGAUUAGCCCUGCAUCGACUUCUACUGUUGCGUCCAAGGACAACUCUGCUUCCCUUGACUCGAAUUCGAAUGGCGGUUUCCUGCGUGCUUUGGGCUCGUUGCUCGGGCUAUGCAACAAAUCCGGUAAUUCAAACCGUCAAGUGGACAGCCGCCGCCCGCCGAGUAGCGGGGAGAUCGAUUGGCUGGUCCCCGGCGCUCUGGAGACCAAGGGAUCAUUCUCUAGCUCUUCUCAGCAUGGAAAAGAGUCCAUUCGCCGCGGUCGCAAUAAAGCCGGCACCACACGGACCUCAAAGGGCUCUCAAAUGUCCAAGGAAGACGAUGAAAUCGGCAGCGAAGACUUCAUAAUCGGCGUCCAGGACUGGAGGGAUCCAGACCUCAUCGCCCCCAAGGAAAAAACACUGGCACUACCCAGCACGACACCUCAAGGUGACCCGAAGUCUCAGAAGACGCCAACGGACGAAGAACCGGCUUCUCCCUCCAAUAUGCCUCUCGGUGGUAGCAUCACUCCGGGAAGCGGUGAAUAUCAGAGUGUAGAAAAGCUUACCGGCCACGGUCGUGAUGCUGGCAUGACCCACAACAAGCACGGCUCAAGCGCGUCGUCCUUAGUGUCCACUUCCUCUGCAAAAUACUGGUUCUCUGACCAUUUUGGAUGGGGUCGCAAACACGAGCAGCCCGCUCAGCCUUCCAAAGCUGCUGCACCCAAGCAGGACGCGGUACUUCAGGACAGUAACCCCGUGCCAUCCUGGCUUGACCUGGGAAAGCCUCCUGUUUCAGAUCAUGAGGGACUCUGGGUCACUCUGUCUCCCACCAGUGUGUCAACCAGCCCAUUUUUUGAUACCCUGUUGGUGUUGGUUGUCAGUCCACUCUUGACAUUAACAAUGGUCUACGGACUGCUCCUGCUGCGAUCACGGAUGCGACGGCGCCGAUGGCGCGCACCGAAGUCCGUUGUUGAACGGCUCCCUGUCCGCACAUAUCACACCAUUGCCCGAACUCCGUCAACGUCAAGCUCUGAAUCGCUUAGACCAGCCAGUCCGGGGCCUGUGACGCCAUCAUCUCCACUGCUGGCCCACUCAAGCCGUUCAGAUCGCCCACGUCUAGCUCGCUCACGCUCCCAGACAGUCGCCGGUAUUAUCACCAAUUCGGCGUCUUUGCCCAAAGAGGAGAAGAUAGCCAGUUCACAGACUGGUUCUACGCUCUGGAGGCGUAAUACACCGUGGUUGACCACUCGCCGACGCACAUGCCCAAUAUGCAAGGGCGACGUUGUCCGCUCGAUGGGCCAUUCCCAAGCGUCCGACCCCGAUGACCACGACGAACCCUCCGGCCGCUUUCAAUCUCGAGAACAAACCGAGCAGUCUGAUACAGCCUCCCCAGUGGUACCCAUAGCCGGCAUCCCCGAAGCUGCCGACCCGGAUGACGAGCAGAGCGUGGGUCUUCUUUCUGAUCAGCCCGCUUCUGCUUCACAAUCUAGUUGGCGAAAUUUUGCCUCUUUCAGUUUCUCGGCCUUAGGCGGAGAUAGUGUAUGGAAUCAAGCCCGGGCGGAUCGCAAUCGUUAG